CCGCUGGUGCUCACCGCAAGAGGUGAUGUAAGCCCAGGGCUAAACAAACUGGGUAGGCACAACAUGGCGUAAAUUAUACUGGUCUGGCACUGUGCUCUGAGCUCAGUAGCCCAUACAGCAAACAGUAUGGCAUCUCGUUUCCAAGCUUGGUUCCCAGGGGCUCGUCGGGAACCGUCACCGGCAGGGUGGUUUGCACGUGGUCCUUUGCAUAUAGUAUAUAAAUAAUUGGCAUGCUGUUCUGCAAGACGCGUCUUCCCGCUGUAGCAUUCCUGGGAUUUUCCUCUGUUCUUGUUUACUCUUCGUUGCGUCCUGUAAGCACCAAAGUAACUCUGUGAGACAUUGUUUCAAGUUCAGAACUUUUAGAGUGAAGUUCGGUUCGUACAGAGACAAUAUGUCGAUGUCAAUAGAUGAGCCGGACCUCAAGCACAGCGUUGCAGAACGCAUCCGCUGGGAGGAUGAAGAAGCUGCGAGACCUCGUGGCCUGCGGCGUACUCACUCUCGAGGCUCCAUGUCCAUUCACAGCGUACGAUCGCGUCGUGAAGUAGAUCCUUCCAUCGCAUUGCCCAUCCAGUAUCGAACUGUUUCUUUCGGUAUUGAAGAAUCCAAAGCAAAAGAUGCCGUCGAGCUCGAGAAGGCCAAAGAUGUAGCAACAAAAGAACUGUCUUCCCUCGAAUGGCACACCAUCACGACCGACGAAGCUAUCCGCCGCUUGGGCUCAUCCGUUGCUGAGGGCUUGUCUCCCGACCAAGUAGAACGAAAAUUCAAGGAAUUCGGCCGCAAUGCUCCUACACCACCCAAGUCUAAUGCUCUUGCAACUUAUCUUGGUUACAUGUUCAAGGGCUUCGGUCCUGUCCUCCUCGUUGGUGCUAUCCUGGUCUUUGUUUCAUGGAAGCCCCUUGGUGAGCCGAACCCGGCCAUCGCCAACUUGGCUCUUGCUAUCGUCCUUCUUGCUGUCUUCUUCAUCCAAGCUGGCUUCAACAUGUGGCAGGACUUCAGUUCAUCCCGAGUCAUGAAGAGUAUCAAGAACAUGCUUCCUGAGGACUGCCUAGUCAUUCGUGAUGGAAAACAACAACUGCUAUCAGCAGUCGACCUUGUCCCCGGAGAUGUCACCAUAUUGAAGGCUGGCAACAAGCUGCCUGCUGAUGUACGGUUCCUUCAGGUCUCCGGUGACGCCAGAUUUGAUCGUUCGAUUCUGACUGGUGAAUCCGUGCCGCUCGCAGCAACCGUCGACUCAACUGAUGACAACUACCUGGAGACUAAAAACAUUGGUCUUCAGGGUACACACUGUACCUCGGGGUCUUGUACUGGUAUAGUUGUUGGCACUGGUGAUCGCACCGUCUUUGGUAGAAUCGCAAACCUCACCAAUGAGCCGAAGACCAAGAUGACAACGUUGGAGCGCGAAGUGUUAUACUUUGUCGUCAUUAUCUGCUCCAUCAUGUUCACCAUGAUUGCGAUUGUGCUAAUUGUCUGGGGUUCUUGGUUGCGAGCGGAACACCCUGGUUGGAUCAGUGUUCCUGCACUUAUAGUCAGCUGUGUUAGUGUUGCCAUUGCCUUCAUUCCCGAGGGUCUCCCCAUCGCGGUGACGGCCGGUCUCACCAUUACUGCCAACAUCAUGCAAAAGAACAAAGUUCUUUGCAAGUCGCUGAAAACGGUUGAGACCCUCGGUUCGGUCUCAGUCAUCUGCUCGGAUAAAACUGGCACACUUACACAGAACCUCAUGACUGUUACAGAGUGCACCAUCGGAACCCACACCAUCACUGCGGAAGAUGCUGAGCUCGAGCUUGGCCCCAAAGCUGCCAAAACUGGGACUGAUCCCGCACCAACUGGCAUCAGUCAGAUACGCGCACUAUCUGCACUCUGCAAUGCUGCCGAGUUUGAUGCUGCCACGAACAACCUUCCCGUCGAGCAGAGACGAAUCUAUGGUGAUGCGACCGACCAAGCAAUCUUGAGAUUCUCCGAGAAACUCGGCUCCGUUAGUCACAUGCGCCAAUCCUGGCAAAAGACCUACGAGCUUGCCUUCAACUCCAAGAACAAGUUCAUGAUCCGAACCUUCUUCCUUUUCAAGGAUGACUGUCUCGCUGAGACACUGCCGCAAGCUGAAGCCAGUGCCUUUAAACAGGGCGACACUCUGUUAACCAUCAAAGGUGCCCCUGAUGUUAUCAUCGGCCGAUGCUCUUCCUACAUUAACAGUGCCGGAGAUGUCUGCCCGUUCGAUGCCGAUAUGCGAGCCACGAUCGAAGGAGUCAAGAAUAUGUACAGCGCGCAAGGAAAGCGAUGCAUUCUGCUCGCCCGCAAAACCAUCAGGCGUGAGGACGUCAGAAACCAAACUGGCAGCACUCAGUUUGAGGAUGAAAUGGUUGAGCAGGCCAAAACUGGGCUUACACUGGUUGGUCUUGUUGCCAUCGUUGAUCCUCUUCGUCCUGAGAUCAAGUCUGUUGUCUCAACUCUGCGCGGUGCCGGUAUUCGCUUCUUCAUGGUCACUGGCGAUUUCGCUCUCACAGCUUUGGCAAUCGCUCAAGAGGCUGGUAUCGUCACGCUUCCUACACCUGCAGUCCACGGCUUAGACGCUCUACCACGUGAGGAAUCGACAGACAGCGAUAGCGAGAAGGUAAUGCUUCCUCGGCAGUCCAUCGUGCUAAGCGGGCCAGAUCUAAUGGGCAUGAGCGCACAUCAAUGGAAGGUACUUACUCAGUACGAAGAGGUCGUCUUCGCACGCACAACACCCGAACAGAAACUGCGUAUCGUGAAGGAGUUCCAGGCCAGCGGUGUUGUUGCCAUGACUGGUGAUGGCGUUAAUGAUGCACCCUCUCUCAAAGCCGCCGAUAUUGGCAUAGCCAUGGGUAGCGGUUCAGAUAUCGCUAUCGAGGCUGCCGAUAUGGUUCUCCUCGACUCCUUCGCUUCCAUUGUUGAGGCCGUCCAGUACGGUCGUGUCGUGUUCGACAACCUUAAAAAGGUUAUUUGCUACCUGCUCCCGGCUGGUUCUUUUGCCGAGUUCUGGCCUGUCAUGACCAACGUCCUGUUUGGUUUACCUCAGAUCUUGUCUUCUUUCCUCAUGAUCAUCAUCUGUUGCUUCACUGAUUGUGCUGCCGCGACUGCUCUCUCAUACGAAAAGCCCGAAGCCGAUGUCCUCCUCCGCAAACCUCGUGAUGUCAAGAAAGAUCGCCUCGUCAACUGGCAACUCAUCGUAUACGCAUACGGUGUGCUCGGAAUGCUGGAGACUCUCUCAUCCUUCGCCGUGUCAUACUGGUAUCUGGCGCGCAACAACAUCCCCUUCGGCACGCUCUGGUUCGGCUUCGGCACCAUCCCCGACGGCGUCACCUCGGACGAGUACGCGCAGAGGCUCAACGAGGCGUCGUCCAUCUACUUCAUCAACCUGGUCGUGAUGCAGUGGUUCAACCUGAUGGCCGUGCGCACCCGCCGCUGGAGCAUCUUCCAGCAGCCGCCUGCGUUCAACAAGCUGACGCAGAACCUCUGGCUCUUCCCCGCCAUCGUCUUUGCGCUGCUCAUGGCCAUCUUCUGGCUCUACGUCCCCGUCUUCCAGGCGGUGCUCGGCACCACCGAGGUCCCUGUCGAGCACUACUUCCUUCCGUUCGCUUUUGGUACUUUCAUUUUGUUGGUGGAUGAGGGCAGGAAGUUCUUGGUCAGGAAAUACCCCCAUGGAGCUGUUGCGAAAUUCGCUUGGUAG